AGUCGCCGUGAUGGCACUUCUUAUGAAGCAGGGUGGAGCUUGCUUCGUCGCGUCAUGCAAUUCGAAUCCAGCAGCUAUUGUUAUCUCAAGACUUGGCCGAUUUCCCAAGUCCUAAUUUGCGCAAAAUGAAUCCUAUCAAGCUGAUGCCCGAGAUCGUGAGCCCUGGUGUGGGCGUGCCUUCCGAGUGGACGGUAGCAUCAGACUGGCACCAAGUUGCGAAGGUUCCGAUGGACAGCUUGUGCACCAGCCUGAUCUCGGCAUUUGCCAACCGUGACGCCAAGGGCAAUACGUGCAACAAGAGCAGCAACAACUCCAGCCCUGCCUCCACCUGUGAUAGCGACGAUGGCUUCACCGGCGGCAGCACGAGUGACGGUCCCAACGACAGCUUUCGCCUCAACAUCUUUGGCUUCAAUGGGGCUGUACGCCCACCUCCUGGCCUGGAGCAUUUGGGCCCAUGUCAUGUCCCGAAUGCCCCAGGCAGCGGCCAGUCACUUCCAGUGAAGAGCGCCAAGCCCUGUCCGCCGGGCGAGGUGACCUUGGCACGGUGCAAGAAGUGGAAGGCGUCCAAGGCUCCGCGGUACGGCUUCGCUGCAACCUUUGAGGAGUUUGAUGCUGUGACGCACAAGGACUUUGACCUGGUGCAGCGGAUCUUCGGCAGGAAAGGCAUCAACAUGAAGAGAAUCUCCCAGUCAGCAGAUUCCAAGGCAUGUCUCAUGGGAGAGAGCAGCGGCCACAAGAAGCAAGAGGGGCAACUGCGUUUGGUGGUCACAUGCCCAUCGCAGGAAAAGGAGGACUUGGCCCUUCGCCUCACCACCGAGCUGUUUGACGACCUGAGCAUGCAUUUCGCUCGGUUUUGCCGCAAAAACGGUCUCCGGCGUGCAGGCUUGUACAAGAUCAUCUCGUUGGAGGAAGCAGCGCUGACCUUCGGAAGGAUUCGGUGAUUCCCUUGGACGCGUGGCGCGGAUUUGCCAAGUGGAAAGCAAUUGGGUUUCAUUCAGACAUAGGGAUGCCUGAGUGUGCGAGUCGGGGCAAUUUCAUGGCUCCAAAGAGAGUUGUUAAUACUCAACCUGCUGGGAGGGCGCACGGAUCUGGCGCUCUCCUGGCACCGGGCAUUUGGUCGCGUGUUGGCAAGACAACAGGUGCUCUCGAGGGUUUGCUUUGGGC